UCUUCUCUCCUCCGCGCGGCCUCCCCCGCCUCCCCCCCGAACAGAGGCAACGCCAACCCCAUCCGUCAGACAAGAAGGACGGGAAAUGGAGCGGCAACGCCUAUAUCAAAACUCCGGGCAACGGCAGAGGAACUCGAGCACACACAGCUGCCACGUGGAAGAACAAGACGGUAUCUUCCCAAGACAGUACCAGACGGUACCUCGGACAUACAGCUGCCAGGCGGACGAACAACUGCCACGUGGAGCAACUACGAAACUCAGGCGGCCUAAUGCUGCCACGUCGACGACCGACGUGGACCGAGGCACAGCGACCACGUGGAAGGGCGACGAAAGCUCGAACGCACAACUGCCACGUGGAAGGCGGGCGACCGAAACUAUGGCAAAGAAGCUGCCACGUGGAUAUUGCUGACCCGCUCAAGUCCGUCAUACCUGAGACGUUGGAGGAGAAAGAGGCCAGUCGACCACACAGCAGGCGCGUCGACGAGGGGAGCGAUAAGAGAGAGAACUUGCCGUGUAGAGACACGUGAGAGGGACUCGCAGCACAGCAACCACCUGCCAGCCAACUAAAACAGCGAAGAGCUCAAGCGCUCAUCAGCACAGCUGCCACGUGGAAGAAGCCCACGAAUGCUACUGCCCUGUGGGCGAAAGGUAUGCUGCCACGCAGGAAGACGGUCACGACUACAUCACAGAGCUACCACGUCGAAGGACGACGGACAUAGAGGCCAUGGCAGAGCCUGUGGGAAGA